GAAGGACAACAAACAGCAACGACAAUGAGCGAGGCGGAAAAGCAGGCGGUGUCCUUCGCCUGUCAGCGAUGCCUGCAGCCCAUCGUCCUGGACGAGCAGCUGGAGAAGAUUAGCGUGCACGCAAUGGCGGAGUUAUCAUUGCCCAUCUACGGAGACAGUGGUAAUACAUUGGACCCGCAGGACGCCAGCAGCUUCGAUCACUUUGUACCGCCCUACAGGCUUACGGACUCCAUAAAUGGCACUGGAUUCAUGCUGGUUUCUGAUGGCAGGGACAACAAGAAAAUGAGUGCUGCUUUUAAGCUGAAAGCGGAGCUGUUUGACUGCCUCUCCUCCAACUCUGAGAUUGACCAUCCGCUGUGCGAAGAGUGUGCCGACUCCAUGCUGGAGAUCAUGGACAGGGAACUCCGCAUCGCUGAGGACGAGUGGGAUGUGUACAAGGCUUAUUUGGACGAACUGGAGCAACAGCGUGUAGCACCCAACGUUGAGGCCCUGGACAAGGAGCUUGACGAACUAAAGCGCAGCGAGCAACAGCUUCUGUCGGAGCUAAAAGAGCUCAAAAAGGAGGAACAAUCGCUAAAUGAUGCCAUUGCCGAGGAGGAACAGGAGCGAGAGGAGCUGCACGAGCAGGAGGAAAGCUACUGGCGCGAAUACACCAAGCACAGGCGUGAGCUAAUGCUCACCGAGGAUGACAAACGAAGUCUGGAGAGUCAAAUUGCCUACUCGAAACAGCAGCUGGACAAACUGCGCGACACCAACAUAUUCAACAUCACCUUUCACAUCUGGCAUGCCGGGCAUUUCGGUACCAUUAACAACUUUAGGCUGGGUCGAUUGCCCUCUGUAUCCGUGGACUGGUCAGAGAUCAACGCCGCUUGGGGCCAGACGGUGCUUCUGCUCUCUGCACUUGCUCGUAAGAUAGGGCUCACCUUCGAGCGGUAUCGCGUGGUACCCUUUGGAAAUCAUUCGUAUGUUGAGGUGCUCGGCGAGAACCGAGAGCUCCCACUUUAUGGCAGCGGCGGAUUUAAGUUUUUCUGGGACACCAAGUUUGAUGCUGCCAUGGUAGCUUUUCUCGACUGCCUCACCCAGUUCCAGAAGGAGGUCGAGAAGCGCGACACCGAGUUCCUGCUGCCCUACAAGAUGGAGAAGGGCAAGAUCAUCGAUCCCUCCACGGGAAAUUCCUAUUCUAUUAAAAUCCAGUUUAACUCGGAGGAGCAGUGGACCAAGGCACUGAAGUUCAUGCUGACCAACCUGAAAUGGGGAUUGGCCUGGGUUUCUUCACAGUUUGUGUCACCGUGAUUUUUCUUUCUCUUUAGUCUUUAAAAUGUAUAUUUAUAAAUUUCUUAAUUAUCCCCAUAGUAUUAAAUCUAAAUCUUUCAAAUUUUAAA